AUACAGGCACAUCGCUGACCAGUCCAAUAUUUGCACGAACAAGUCAGUGCGAUUUGCUUGCUCCAUUGUACUACCUCGUAGUUCGCGAAUUAAAGAACACAAUUGUAUCAUGAUUGUAGUCUGCAACCAAGGAGGUGUAUGACGUCGACGUAUCACGGAAACAUCAUGGCUGGCCUCCCACUGUUUGAGAACACAGCUCUUGGUCAGAUGAGAGACGGCAUGACGAAAGACGAGAUGGUGGCCCAAUAUGACAGCUUUGCCGAGCUAUAUGACGAGGAAACCGCAAAAAGGGACUACCAGGGACCAAGAAUAUGCGCAGAGGCUUUAGCAAAAUGGUUGGGGGACAGAAAAUCUUCAUGUAUUUUGGACGUGGCUGCAGGGACUGGACUCUGUGCGGAGGAGUUGAGAAAACUUGGGUUUACUUCGAUAGACGGACUGGAUCCUAGCCAACGUUCUCUGGACUACGCCAUGUCCAAGAACCGAUAUAACAAGUACAUCUGCGAUUUUGUCGGCGCGAAUCGCACUUCAAACAUAGACAAUGACUCGUACGAUGCCGUCUCGUGUUGUGGAGGGUUUAUCCUUGGGGCAAUGGAACCUGAUUGUCUGCCCGACUUAAUCCGAUUCGUCCGGCCAGGUGGCUAUGUUUGUAUCACCACCAGGAACAACUACCUGACGACUGUGAAGGCGUACAGUGGCGGCAAGCUGGAGGCCGCCAUGUUGGAACUGCAGAACAAAGGAUUCUGGGAACAGGUGUCCAGAGACGUUGUUCCAGGGUAUCAUCCGGGCAUUGACGCAGUGAUAUUCGUUUAUAGGGUGCUGCGAUAGGACUUUUCAAAGUUCUCCAAGAAAAGAAAAUUUAUUUUCACAACAAAAAGUUCAAUCAAUGACUUUUGUACGGGUAGCAAUAUUUGCAAGAUUUUAUUAGUAUUACUUCUGUAAUAUCAUGAUACAACCAGGAGUGUCUUUCCCAAUAACAAAGCAUUAUGAUUUGUGCAUUGCGAGGAUUGUCACUUAUAAUCAAAUCUGCUUAUGACGUCGAGUGUUUUGAAAUUUGUUGUACCUAUCAAAGGAGUGUGAAUAAUCUAUUACUCGAACGUAAGACAUCAUAUCCAGAGCAUUCCAUGACAAAUAGAAUUUUU